UUUCUUUCCGCCCCCUACGCCUCUCCCAAUUCAUCCCCAACCAGAGCACAUCACCGAGCCCUAACCCUAGCUUCUGCGAUGUCGACCGCCGCCACCGCCCCGCCGCCUGCCGCGGCCCUCCCGGCAGCUCCCCCGCCGUCCUACCCCGCCACCUCCGCGCCCUCCGCUUCCGCCUCCGCCGCCGAGGACGACGACGACCUCUAUGGCCGCCUCAAGUCGCUCCAACGCCACAUGGAGUUCGUCGAGAUACAGGAGGAGUACGUCAAGGACGAGCAGAAGAACCUCAAGCGCGAGCUGCUGCGCGCGCAGGAGGAGGUCAAGCGGAUCCAGUCCGUGCCGCUCGUGAUCGGCCAGUUCAUGGAGAUGGUCGACGGCAACAACGGAAUCGUGGGAUCCACCACCGGGAGCAACUACUACGUGCGGAUCCUGAGCACCAUCAACCGCGAGCUGCUCAAGCCGUCGGCGUCCGUCGCGCUGCACCGCCACUCGAAUGCGCUCGUCGACGUGCUGCCGCCCGAGGCGGACUCCAGCAUCUCUCUGCUUGGGUCGUCGGAGAAGCCCAACGUCACUUAUACGGAUAUUGGAGGAUGCGACAUUCAAAAACAAGAAAUCCGGGAGGCUGUUGAAUUACCAUUGACACAUCAUGAGCUUUACAAACAGAUUGGUAUUGAUCCUCCAAGAGGUGUGCUUCUGUAUGGCCCACCUGGUACUGGCAAAACUAUGCUCGCCAAAGCUGUGGCACACCACACUACUGCUGCGUUUAUCAGAGUUGUUGGUUCAGAGUUUGUGCAGAAGUACCUGGGUGAGGGCCCUAGGAUGGUUCGAGACGUAUUCCGUUUGGCUAAGGAGAAUGCCCCAGCUAUCAUAUUCAUUGAUGAGGUUGAUGCUAUAGCGACUGCUCGUUUUGAUGCUCAGACUGGUGCUGACCGAGAAGUUCAACGUAUUCUUAUGGAACUACUCAAUCAGAUGGAUGGAUUUGACCAAACGGUGAAUGUGAAGGUUAUAAUGGCAACCAACCGGGCGGACACCCUAGAUCCUGCUUUGUUACGUCCAGGUAGAUUGGACAGGAAAAUCGAGUUCCCUCUUCCUGAUCGCCGGCAAAAGAGGCUUGUUUUCCAAGUUUGUACUGCUAAAAUGAACUUGAGUGAUGAGGUUGAUUUGGAAGAUUAUGUUUCCAGACCAGAUAAAAUUAGUGCCGCUGAUAUUGCUGCUAUCUGUCAGGAAGCUGGUAUGCAUGCCGUGCGUAAAAACCGGUAUGUUAUCCUUCCCAAGGACUUCGAGAAGGGUUACCGAACCAAUGUCAAGAAGCCUGAGACUGACUUUGACUUCUACAAAUGAGGCAACAUCAUUGUUAAACUGGAUGCUUGUUUUCCUCCUUAUUAACACUAAAGAUGAUUUCCUGGAUAGUUGCCUCAGCAAUAUUAAGUUCAUGUACCUAGAGGCUCAUCGGUUCCCCAAUCUGUUUUAUCAGGUCUGUAAUUUCAUUUUGUGCUUGUACUUGCUGAAAAAUAGAAAGGUUUGCACGUCAAUCCUUUUGAUGUCGUGAAACUGAACGUGUUUCCGUUAUAUGUUGGUUGCUAUGCCUUCUCGGUUGA